GCGGUGUCAAUCAUCUUCUCCUUCGUCAGCCUCCCUUCCACCGCCAUAUUGGGCAACUCCAAAAAGGGGGCUCGUCUUUUCGGGGGUGUUUUUUUUCCUUCCUCCCCGCUUUCCUCUGGGCUCACUCUCUCGCCGCUCCGCGACUCCGCGACGCCCGCAAGGUUUGGAGAGGGCGCUCGGGCGGCGGGACCCGCGGGCUCGCGGCGGCCCGGACUCGGAGCGGCUCUGCCCCCUCCUGUCUCGGCGGCGCUCGGCUCCCCUCCCCUCCGCUCCCCGCCCUCCCGCUUGAUCGGCCGGGAUCGGGGCUGCCUGGCCCCGGGGGGCUGCCCCUCGCCCCCUCCCCCAGCCCCGUGCGCGCCUAGACGCUCGGGCGCUGACUCGGCUCGCGUUUGUUUCUCUUGGCUCCAGGGGCCGGCGCAGGGCUUAUAAAGAGGGGCUCGGGCUGGGUCGGGGCGUUUUGUUUUGUUCGGUUUUGUUUGGCGAGAGAGAGAGAGCGCGCGCAAGAGCCUCAGUCGCCGAGACCCCCCACCCCCACCCCACCCCCUGGGAGGAAGAUGUCAAACGUGCGAGUGUCUAACGGGAGCCCGAGCCUGGAGCGGAUGGACGCCAGACAGGCGGAGUACCCCAAGCCCUCGGCUUGCAGAAACCUCUUUGGCCCGGUCAAUCACGAAGAGUUAACCCGGGACUUGGAGAAGCAUUGCAGAGACAUGGAAGAGGCCAGCCAGCGCAAGUGGAAUUUUGAUUUUCAGAAUCACAAGCCCCUGGAGGGCAAGUACGAGUGGCAGGAGGUAGAAAAGGGCAACCUGCCCGAGUUCUACUACAGACCCCCGCGGCCACCCAAAGGCGCCUGCAAGGUGCCGGCGCAGGAAGGCCAGGAUGCCAGCGGGGCCCGCCCGGCGGUGCCUUUACUUGGGUCUCAGGCAAACCCAGAGGACACGCAUUUGGUCGAUCAGAAGACUGAUGCCCCGGACAGCCAGACCGGGUUAGCGGAGCAGUGCCCUGGGAUAAGGAAGCGACCUGCCGCAGAUGAUUCCUCUCCUCAAAACAAAAGAGCCAACAGAACAGAAGAAAAUGUUUCAGACGGUUCCCCCAACGCCGGUUCAGUGGAGCAGACGCCCAAGAAGCCUGGCCUCAGAAGGCGUCAGACGUAAACCACUCGAACUAAGAGUAUGUUUCCUUGUUUAUCAGAUACAUCACUGCUUGAUGAAGCAAGGAAGAUAUAAAUUAAAAAUUUGGAAUACAUAUCGCUGACUCCAAGAAUGGACAUCCUUUACAAGCACUGAACAGCAACAGACUUAAUAACACUAAAGUUUUAGGCACUCUUAAAUCAUCUGCCUCUAAAAGCGUUGGAUGUAGCAUUGUGCAAUUAGGUUUUUCCUUAUUUGCUUCAUUGUACUACCUGUGUAUAUAGUUUUUACUUUUUAUGUAGCACAUAAACUUUGGGGAAGGGAGGGCCGGGGGGUACUGAGGAAUUGGCAUGGGGUGGGUAUUAAGAGCUUGCUUCGAUUUAGAGCAAGGACAAAAAUAUUUGGCUUGCAUGAAGAGAAGCAGUUUAGGGGAAGGGUUUGAAUUAUUUUCUUUAAAGAUGUAAUGUCCCUUUCAAUGAAAAUGGAUACUUCAUUUAAAAAAUCACCCAAAUUUGAACACUGGCUGCAGAUAAUUGCUAUUUAUUUUUACAUGAAGUUUUUUUUCUCAUUUGGGAGCUCUGAUGAUUCCGUUAUAUGGUAGCAAAUGGCUUUUUUUUUAAAAACAACAACAACAACAACAAAAAGCUUAGUGCUCCCCACUAGUCUCCCUUACAAUUGGAAUUUACCAGUAUUCAUCAGUCUGGUAAUCACUCCGGGUACCUCUGGGCACUCUGGCAUGUAUGUGGGGAGUGUUCUGAAUGCACAGAAUUGACCAUUUAAUUUUUAUCAGAAUUUUGAGAACAUUUCUUAAUUUUCUUUUCACUUCAGGGUGUGUGUAGACACAGACAAAAUAAUUCUAAAUCCUUGGAUAUUUUUAAAGAUCUGUAAGUAACAUAAAAAAUAAUGAAAUAAUUUUUAAUUUACAGCUUCUCAUUCUGUUUCUUAAUUUGUCCAAAGGAUAGUGGUAUUUUUAAAGGAAAGUGCAUAUAGAGAAAAGCACCCGUGGGUUGGCGAAAUGGAUACUACAUCUUUAAACAGUAUUUUUACAUUGCCUGUGUAUGUGUAUGAAACAAAACCAUUUGAAGUGUACCUGUGUACAUAACUCUGUAAAGACACUGAAAAUUAUACUAACUUAUUUAUGUUAAAAAGAGAUUUUUUUUUUUUUAAUCUAGACAAUAUACAAGCCAAAGUGGCAUGUUUUGUGCAUUUGUAAAUGCUGUAUCGGGUAGAGUAGGUUUUUCCCCUUCUUCUGUUCUUCUGUUAAAUAAUAUGGCUAUGCUUAAAAGGUUGCAUACUGAGCCAAGUAUAAUUUUUUGUAAUGUGUGAAAAAGAUGCCAAUUAUUGUUACACAUCAAGUAAUCAAUAAAGAAAACUUCCAGAGCUA